AUGAGUGAGAGGGCGGAGCGGAUGAGGGAGGAAAUCGUGGCCCUCAAGGCUCUGGUCGCCGACCUCUUACGGGUGAAGGAGGCUGAGGACCGGGAGAAGAUGCCGCCCCCCCUCGGCCCCCCACCGACGGGACGGCACGCCACCCCUUCGGGGGAGGACGUCCGGGAGGAGGAGAUGCCGGAGGCGGUCGCUGACGGACUGCCGAUGGAUCCUCCUCCUCCCGGGAAGGUGGCGGAUCCUCCGCCCCCGGAAAAGACCUGGGAGGUCGUCACGCCGAAUGCGGCUGGCACCUCCCGGGUCCCAAAGUCGGGGGCGGGGAAAGCGCGGGCGGGGAAGAGGGAGAGGUCCGCCUCGAGGAGGCGGGCCGAUCCCUUGACCCCCGGAAAGAGCUCCCCCUACCAUCCCCCCACGCCCCGCAGAAGACGGGGAAACCCCUGCCUAAGACAGGGGAGGUCACGGGGGAGUGGGUGCGGGGGGAGAUCAAGGAGGCUGUCGACGGAUUAA